GCGCAAUGGAAUCGAGCUCUCGUCCUGCGCGUCUCACCACUGCCGAGCGGAAACGUCUAACAGACCGCAAGGCCCAGCGCCAGCGCCGCGAGCGCAUCAAGACGUACAUUGCGCGUCUGGAAAAGACGCUCGAAGAAUUGACCGCGGCGUCCGGAAAUGGCAUGGAAGCAACCCUCCUCAAGCAACUGGAGCAGCAACGCGCAAAGACAGAGCGUCUCACGAACGUAAUCAACCAUAUCCACGAAGUGCUGGAAGAAACGCGGAGCUUAACAUCACCAACACCUGGAUCGGCGCCUUCAACGCAGGGUGAGAGCGCCUCCCCGUCUGCAUCGUGGCGAUUACCACCUGUUCCAAAGCGCCUUUUACAGCUGCCGCAGCAGUCACCGAAUGAUCAGACAGGGACACCCUUUACUAUCAGCGCAGACCUCGCGACCCGGAUCUCCCUGCACAGCCAGAACCCGCGGAACAGUGGGACGAGGAACUACUUCCAGGUGGUCAACGAGUCGAUCUCGAACGUUGCCAAGGAACAGAACUCGAUACUGCCGUCUACGACGGAGGAUGACGAAGAUCUCGCCAUUCGGGCGAUACUCUGCGGAUGGGAUUCGGUGAGAGACGGUGGGCGCAGUCUAGAUCGCGGUUGGGGGCUGCUGCAGGCGCUGGAUCAGGCAAUUUUCUCGCAGACGGGGUUUGUUGAGCGCGUGGCUAUUCUAAGGCUGAUGAGGAGUAUGAUUAAGGUGCAUUGA